CUGCCGGUCUCACGUUCCUCCAUUUCGGUUUUUGGAAAGCGCGGCGUGCAGGGUGGAAGCAGGCAGCUUCCUCUUUCGUCUCAACUCUCGGUGAUAAACAAGGUCUGCAUCAGAAGAGGAAAUGGAAAUAAUCCGAGAACCGAGGGCUCCUCUUUCGGAAGCAGCGGGGCCUCCUCUACACCUCCCCUCCCCUCCCUCCCGGCGCCGCUGGGCCGAGGGCGGAGCAAGCCCGGGCGCGGCGUUCAGGGUCAGGGAGCGACGAGUGUAGCUUCACACGCCUCGCACGCCUCUCUCCGGAAAGAGUUGAGUCAAGUCGCGACUGUUUUUUUCUUUGCGGCGCUGGGAACCAUUCAGGAUGGGGAGCGCUGGCAGCUGAUGGUGAGGCUGAGCAUUUCUCCAGGUGCUUCUCCAUCAUAUCACUAAUUGAGUUGGCAUCAUGAGAAGCAGAUGGGAUGUUGCAGGGUUGUUACUUCUAGCCUUCAAGAUCUUGGGACUGAAAAAAGGUGAUCCUGAUGCCACUAUGGGUCUACAGUGUUUCCAACCAUUGCUCAGCAACUUUUUGAACUGCAGCUGGUUGACCUGGGAAUCUCAAAAUGCUAACACCACCUAUGUCCUUCACUAUCAGAGCCUAAAAUUGGGCGAAGUGCUGCUAUACCUUGGCCAGGUGCACUCCAUGGAGGCCCAGAUGGGACAGAACUGGCUGGUUAUUGAACGAAGGAACCUGACACAUGGAGACAAAUACAGUGUCUGGAUGGAAGUUCGCAGUGCACAUGGGAUUGCUCUCUCCAAGAAAUUAAACUUCAGCCUGGAUGAAAUAGUGAAACCCUGUCCUCCUGAACUGGAUCAUGUGGAACCGGAUUCCUAUGAAGCCACAGUGACAUGGAAGAACCCUCUCUGGUUUAAAUUGCAUAGUGACCAACCUCUCACUUAUGCUAUUCGAUACAAGGCAUCCACAGACCAUGAAUGGACCUAUGAGACCCUUCUAGACCAAGAGAACCAUGAAUUCUGUGACCUGAAACCAUUCACCUGCUAUGAGGUGCAGGUACAGUGCAUGCCAGAAAAUAAAAAAGACCUUUGGAGUGAAUGGAGUUCUUCCAAAAUCUUCUGUACCUGUGAGGCUGCUCCUUUGGGUCAAGUUGAUGUGUGGCAAAAAGAGUGUGUUUCGGACUACCAGAAUGAAAGCCGCUUGUUGCUGUGGAAGGCACUGGAUCCAGAAGCAGCGCAGGGAAAGAUCCUUGAUUAUGAAGUUAUCUUCCAGGACAACAACAAAACACUCCAUAGAAUAAAUUACAAUUGCUGUCAGGCUUUGAUCCCUAUCACUGCACAGUACGUCUCAAUAGCAGCCCGCAACUCUGUUAAGAAGACACUCUGGGCCAAUCUCAGCUUGGAGAAAACAGAACUCCCAGGCCCUGAGGAGGUGACAGUGGUGGCAUCAGAAGGUUUGGGUCUCAAUGUGACAUGGAAGCCCAGCAUCGAUUCUCAAUGGGUUCAGCCUCAGGAAUACGUGGUCGAGUGGAGAAAAGAGAUUGAUGAUAGUGCGGGAGAGUUGCUGAAUUGGACUCGGACACUUGGAAGCAGUACCAGCGUCCUAUUGAGAGGCAACUUCAGUUCAAAGGUACCAUACCUUGUGCGUGUGUAUGGUUUGUAUGCUCAUGGGAGAACUUCCUCAGACUCUGUACGCGCCUAUUUCAAAGAAGAAGUACCAUCAGCUGGUCCUGAAGGACUGCAAGACAGAAGACUUUCGUCCACUGCCACUUCCAUCUCUUGGAAAGAGAUUCCCUUGGCAGACCGCAAUGGACAUAUCAUACACUAUACACUUUACCUGAAACAUCUCCAUUCAGACAGCCUUAUGGUUCAUGCACCCAUUAGUGCUACGGAAAGAAAUUACACUGUUUCAGAUCUGGAGCCAGGAACAACCUACCAAGUCUGGAUGACUGGCUCUACAUCAGCUGGAGAAGGUGUGGCUAGUGCCAUGCAUCACUUCAAUACAUCAGUUUUUCAUUGGCAGAGCAUUGUGAUAGUUUUCUUACCUGUGGUAAUCCUGCUUAUAAUAGGAUCCAUUAUGGUGCUGUUGAAAUACAGAAGUCUAGUGGACCUCUGCCACAAGGUCCUGCCUCGCUGGUGUUGGGAAAAAAUUCCAGAUCCAAAACACAGUGGGAUUGCUGCGGAGAUGAAUGAAGAGAGCACUGCACCAGCCAUGGAGGCCCUGACCAAGUGUUCGACCCAGUUUCCAGAAAGUAUGGACAUUGCAGAAAUAUCAGAAGAAAUCCCUGAGCCUUCUCCUUCUCCACCACUAGCAAGAUCACCUGCCAUAGUGAUUUCUGGUUAUGAAAAACGAUUUCUUCCUACUCAAGAGGAAAUCCUGAAUUGGACUGAGCAGGAAAGAAACAAUUCUCCAUUUUCCAGACUAAAAGAAAGGGAGACAUGAUCUUUGGAUGUCAUAUGCUCAGCUGCAGAUGCAAUUUCUCUUGGAAGGACCAUUCCUUGGGGUCUUCAAAAGGUCCUACUGUCCCUUUGGAUCAAAUGACUGAAAUGUCUCUUAACAUCCUUUGAUCUGCUUAAAACAAACAGGGCAAUGAAUUUAAGCCAGAAAUUGCAGUGACCUGAUCCAAUCUCCAGGAUCUUCAAGAUUCUCCUGGUGAAAGUCUUCUGAUAUCACUUCUGAUCUUCAGCAAAUCUCCAGAAUAUGGAGUUGGUAGUUGUGUUGGAUGAUGGAUCCUUUCUUCAAAGAUGCCCAAAUCAGACUUUUCCCCCCAGGUGCUAGAAACAAGGUCUUUGUGACUGUAGCCCACAGCUGCGAAAUUCCCCAGGCUGGAACUGAGGAAACCUACUUUUUUUUACUUUGUACCAAGAAGGCCUGAAAAACUUUACUUUUUAAAGGGUAGGAUGAUUCCCAUCACCCAGAAGUUAUAAACCGUUUCAGUAUAGUGGCUGAGGUGCUGGAUUAACCUCUGGGAGGCUAUGAGUUCUGGUCCUCCUUAGGCUGGGUGAUCAAUCACUCUCUCAGUGCAACCCAGCUUACAGGGAAAAUAAAAAUAAACUUUAGGUGUGCACCUAAGGUGUACAUUUUGAAUUGACCAAAAAUAAAGGCUAGAUAAAAAAAAUCUAAUAAAUAUUUGUAAUAUUUGUAUUUUGUAGUUCAUAAAUGUUUGUUUUAAAAAGCAGCAAUAUAUGCUAAGAAGCCCAAUGUAGAAGCUACCUUGUGCGUAUAGUUUCCUUUGUAGAGAUGUUGUCUUGAGUGUUUUUCCAUCAUUCAUUUCUCAACUUUUCAAUCAUUGCAAUGUUAACGUCCAUCUUCUUUUCCUGGCCAUAGCAGCAAAUCAAAUGCUGGAAAGCCAUGCUUCUCCAAAGAAAUCUUGUGGGCUGAAACGUCAUCUUAUGAAAGUUCUUAUACACCAACUCUGGAGUCUAUGUGGAGCAGGAGGGGUUACUGCCUCACCAUUUAGUUGGCAGGCGCAUAGUUUGUUCUUUAUGAUUUCGUAAGGACAUAGAGUCUUGCAAGAUCAGAUAAGUACCUCAACAAGACCAGUAAAUUACAGAUAGUAAGCAGCAUGAAAACACUCGUCUCCAAUUCUUCUAUAGGAAUAGAGAUCAGAGAGAGUCCUCCUUGGCUAUCAUGGUUGGUAGAUGGAUAUCCACAUAUCCAUUGAAGUGCGCUGAACUGAUCUUAUUUCCAAAGCAAAAUAAUCCUGACCAGUCAUCCCAUUUUUUGAAACAGUCUGAGUUUCCUGGAUAGCCCAGGAAACAAACAAGUGGAUCAUAGAACAAAUAGACUCAGUGUUCUCUCUUGAAGCGCACAAACGUCAAGGAUCAGGUUAUCAUACUUCACAUUACUUCACAUUAUUCACAUUACUAAAAGGGCUAGCUCUGGAGAAGGCUUUAAUGCUGGAAAAAGUGGAAAGAAAGAGAAGAGGACGAACAGCAACAAGGUGAAUAGACUCAGUUAUAGUGGUGAUAGGUGCACCUUUGGAAUACCUGAAGGAUCAUUUUGGGGACAAGUCCUCCUGAGAAAAAUUCUACCUGAUCACUGAGAGUUGACACCCACAUAAUAACACAUUAUAAUUCUCUAACACCAUGAGGUUUAAAGUGUAAGGGGUGGGUUU